UGGCACCAACACCACAGCUGAAACCAUCACGCACCAAUACACGGCACAGCCAAUAGAAACCAGACAAGACCGAACAAAGAUCUCACAAGUCCUCAAGCCAAACCCAAAGCAGCAUGACAGCAAGCACACCCUCCAAGCUGUCCUACAGCAGCGUGGAUCCUCAACCUCGGGACCCAGGCACCGGCCGAUCACCACAACGACCGAGGCCUGGGAAGCCAGUUCAACCCAGAGAUGAGGAUGGUCGCCACAUCCGCAUCGACCAAGGCUUCUACGGCAGCAACAAUGGCACCAAUGGUGGAGGACGACCACCUCAACCAAUUCCACCUCGAGACCCGGGCAGCAGGCGUCGUCUCUUAGGUCCUCAGCCAAGAGAGGAUGGCAGCAAUCGCUGCUUCAGCGGCUCGCAGCCAAUCCGUAAGCCCAAGCCGGUACAGCCUCGCGAGGGCGGAACGAAGUAGUAAAGAAAACACAAGCAGCCUACUGUUGCGCUAAAGGCUUCUGAGACACUCCGACGCCAACAACGAACCGUGCGCUACAUGGCUGGUUCGCAUGACCACUGUUGGAAGCACGGUGUCAGCACAUUGAGAUUGCUGUAGACUAGUUUCAUAUCCUUCUUUGCUGUUUGGUUGGUCUCGCGGGUUACGG